AUGAAACUCCUGUUGCUGAAAGUAAGAAAUGCCGCAGUUCAGGUGAAUGGCUUGGUCGUCAACCGGAUUGGCGUUGGACUUGUGCUAUACGUUGGUUUCAGGGACGGAGACAUUGGCGAGGAGCUGAAGACCCUGGCUGCGAAGGUCACGAAGGUGAAGCUCUGGCCGGAUGUGUCGCCAGUAGGCGGUGACGGCGACAGCAAUGCAGAUCCGCCAAAGCCAAGUAACAUCGUGGACUGCGGCUACGAGGUGCUCGUCGUGCUCCAGCAGUCACUUCAUGCCACGUUUCCUGGGCCGCAGCCGUCCCAGAGCGAGGCCAUGGAUGAAACAGAGGCGCAACUUCUGUUCCAGGAGUUUCUGAAGCAGCUGCGCCUGCGGUACCAGGAGGAGAUGGUGGUGGCAGCGCCCUUCGGUGAAGGCGUGCGCGUGGAAACUUCCAGUGACGGCACAGGUCUUUUCGAUCUCUCCGUGCUGAACGAGCCCCGAGGUUCGCCAGCCCGCGCUGGAAAAGCUGCGGGGCGGCCACCUGCUCCGGGCAAGACGGCGCAGGCGAGCGGGAUCAACGUGGAGACGGUCAGCAAAGCGCUGCGCAAGCUCGGCCAAGUGCACAGGAGCAAGCUUGAAACUACGAGCUCGCAGAUUUACAAGGCCAUGGGCACGAGAAAGUUUCGGGACACACUCGCCGAAGCCACACAGGACGUCGCCACCGACUUUGCAGAAGCUUUGGAUUCAGCAAGGCAGUACUUCUCGGAGCGGCAGCAGGAGCAAAUCACCGCCUGGACGGGUUUGGCCAUGUCGGGAGCCGAAGAGGUUGAACUUGAGGAGGCGGAGGAUGCGCCACAAGCUCAUGAUGAGGCCACCCCGGCCGACGACUUGGACCUCCAGCUGGCAGAGCUGCGAGACGAGGUCACCAACCCCGAAAUGGCGGCAGCUCGGAAAGUUGCAGCGUCCAAGGCAGCAGUGAGGCCGCCGCCCAGCCGCGUCAAGACUGAGGAUGCGCAGGAUGUUUCUGAGUUCGAAACUCCAGCUCAUGCUGCAGCGCGGAGUUGGGUUCGCAGUCGACAGCAGCAGCAGCACUGGCAGAAAACACACAGGCCAAUGGAGCCCAGCUUUCCACCCGGGAUGAAGGGUGGGAAAGGCAAGAACGGCAAGAACGGCAAGGGCAAGAAUGGCAAGGGCAAGAAGGGAAAAGGCUGGGGCAGGCGUUCUAUCGGCGGCAUCCUAUCCCUGGAUGAGGCUGCCAGUCUGCACGGCACCACUGGGCUGCAGGACUUCGAGUCUGGACAGCUGAAGCGCUUUGCAGAUACCUCGGACAGAAGGCCACGGCCAGGUUUACUUCGACCAAAGGUGGAAACCACCGAGGCUUCAGGUUCUCCGAGGCGGAAGCCGGCCGGAUCUGUUCCGGGACCUCCGCGCAAGCUCGCCAAGGGAAUACCAACGUUGGCGGUGAUGACACCACCCCCCAAUGCAGAGGAUUUCAGCGACAUCUAG